AAAAAAAAAAAAAUCUGAAAGUGCAGAAUAUCAACAGAGGCCAGUCUGAAACCCUAUCUCCAGCUCCUCCUUCUUCUUCCAAUCUUUCAUUUUCUGUGCAACAUUUCCAUUUUGCAAGGUUUUUGGUUAUUUGCUAGUCCUUGAUUGUGAGUCCCUUCUGUGUAGUGCAGCUAGCUCUCUAAACUUCUAUUAUCAAUAAGAGGCAUGCUUGUCUGGAUUCUCCUUUUUAUCCACUUUGGCAGUAUUGAUAAAGAGUUGAGAGUCUCAACAAAGUUAAGACCCUGAAGAAGUAGAAUAUUUAUUUCUCUAUGACUCCCUAAUUCCUUCGAGGUGGUUCAAAGUGCUUACAUUAGUAUUCCUGAAAGAGUGAUAUUACUGAGUGACCUGUUUUCUUUGUGCGGCGACCACAAAGUGCUACAUCAGAUGACUGAAAGUGCUAUGGCGGUAGUCAAACCUGAGAUGAAGUCUUACAUUUGGCUUCAAACUGCUGAUGGCUCAAUACAACAAGUUGAAGAAGAAGUUGCUAUGUUUUGCCCUAUGAUUUGUCGGGAAAUACUCCAAACAGGGAUGGGAUCCUCCAAGAAUUAUGCAAUAUCUCUUCCGCAGCGAGUGAAUCCUGCUAUAUUAGGCUUAAUUCUUGACUAUUGCAGGUUCCAUCAAGUACCGGGUCGCUCCAAUAAGGAGCGUAAGACGUUUGAUGAGAAAUUCAUUCGCAUGGAUACAAAAAAGCUAUGUGAGUUGACGUCUGCUGCUGACAGCCUACAAUUGAAACCGUUGGUUGAUCUAACUAGUCGAGCACUUGCUCGAAUUAUUGAAGGAAAGACUCCAGAGGAGAUAAGGGAGACAUUUCACCUACCUGAUGAUCUCACAGAGGAAGAAAAGUUGGAGCCCUUACGCAACAUAACAGAUGAUCCACGCAUUCGGCUCUUAAAUAGAUUAUAUGCACGGAAAAGGAAAGAAUUAAGAGAAAGAGAGAAAUUGAAGAACGUUGAGAUCGAGGAGCGGGUGGAUGAUAGAUCAGUUGAUGACCUUCUGUCAUUUAUAAAUGGAGGAGACGGAGAUUCAAAGGCAGUAAAAGCAAACAAAAACAAAAAGAAAAAUCGGAGGAGAAAGGAUCAACAGAAGGAUUCUUCUUCAACCAAUGAGAAUGGGAACCAUGAUAAAAUAGAGGAGUUGGAUGCACUUCCUUCUUGUUGCCAGAAUAAUGAGUUUGACAAGAUUUCGGGGGCAUCUCCGAGUAGAACUGUGAAAUCACAGGAUUCAGCAGUUUCCAUAUAUUCAUCUAAGAUCGAGUUCGAUGAUGCUGAUAUGUAUGAUGAUCUAGAUCCUGCGAUGAAGGAGGAACUUGACAGGGAAGUAGAAGACUUUGCUAGAAGAUUGAAUUCAGAUUGGCCAGAAAGAGUGCAAGAAAUUCUAUCGCUAGGCCAAGAAAGAAAACUGGUGACCGUAUUAAAUGGCAAUGGUUCAUCAACCAGAUUCACAAAACAGGUGCUGAUAGGAGGUAGUAGUCUUCCUAUCAGAGUUCGUAGGUAGUGCCAGUUAGAGACGACGACGGCGAUCUGCUUUCCGGUACACGAACACGGUAGCUCAGUCGAUUUGAAUGAGCGGGAUUGUGGGAGAAGCUACUGUUGGAGACAUGAAAGGAAGCAAGAGUUUGCAGGAUUUCAGUGUAAAAAUGGUGGAUGGGGAAGGUUUUAUAGGGGCGGGCAUUAUUAUGACAUGAGAAAGAUGCAAAUUUUUGUUUUGUGGGAUAGAGAAAGAGAGUCAUAAAAGGAAUGGGAGCGAGGGGAGGAAAAACUGGCGCUGUAUCGCUGAGAGCAUAAUUGGCUCAUCCCUUUUUCUUGAGCCUUUUUUUGUUUUUUUUUUGUUUUGGGUUUCUUCCAUUUUGUUUGUUUGUAACUUGAGCCAGGCUUAUUUUGGCUACAUGUAUUGUUGUUGAAAUUAAUGUCCGUUGCAUAAAAAAUGGUAUCAUCAUUCUUUCCAUUUGUUUGUAACCCCAAUUUUGUCAUUCAAUAGUGAAUCAGUUUUUGGUGAUAA